UCGGCCAUCCAUGCCAACGCGCUCCCGCCCGCGCCUCAGGCAACGAGUUCCACUAUCGAUAAGGCACGUGCGCGCGCGCCAGCAUUCCGCCUUGUAACAAUUUCUCGACGCCAUCAACCUCUCACACGCCGACACCACCGCCUUCCUCGAUCUCACACGCCCUCACCGCCACACGUCUCUCUCACCUACACCGCAACCGAUCCACCGCACACCCCCAAGAUGUCCACACAACAGAACGGCGGCUACAACGCCAACACCUCGGAAGCGCAGCAGCAGGUCGACAUCAACGCGCGCACAGUGCACUACAAGUGCGGCGACUGCGACCAGGACGUUCCGCUGAAGCGCGGCGAGCCGAUUCGCUGCAGGCAGUGCGGGCACCGUGUGCUGUACAAGCAGAGGACAAACCGUAUGGUGCAGUUUGAGGCACGAUGAGAACAGGAUGUCUGCGAUGAUUGUGCGCAUUCCCACUAGAGAAGAAGCACUGGCACAGACUUGAGAAUAACUGGAUGCGGACUUGAGAGGGUCGCAAACCCUGGGGGACCUCAGUCACACGAGCAUGGAGUUACUGGCGAUUUAGGAAAACGAGUGCUACUACGAUGCAUGUAGAAAGAGGGCUGUUUUGAUCAAGCCCAUGGAACAAAUCAUGAUGGCAAAAGAUAUC